AUGCUUCCUGUUAUUCUGGAUUAUGUCCAUUUUAAAGGUGGAACAUUACUGUUGCUUGCAUAUGGUGACAAUGAGCCCAGUUGCAUUGGUGGUCAAUUUUGUCCUCAACAUUUUUAUACUCAUCAUCCUCUCUCUCUUAAGACAAUAUUUUUUGAUGAGCUGCAUGCAACUGAAUCUUGGAAAAUGGUGGAGAGACUAGUUAAUUAUGUUAUCUACAAGGGAACGUUUCUUCCAUUGGUAGGACCACCAACAUUAGUUAGAGCAGGAUUGUGGUCAACAUGGUUGAUUGUAUUAUGCUCUUUGAAGAUGUUUCAAGCUCUAGCCCGGGAUCAACUUGAACGGUUGAAUGCAUCUCCUUCUGCAACUCCAUGGACUUACUUCCGUAGUGAAGAUACGGUGAAAAAAGCAGCAUCUGUUGUUACAGAAUUUAGUUUGGAUGUUGAGGAGAUUAUUACUGAAGAGAAUAAUAAUGGUGAAGAUGUGACAGAGAAGGCAGGAGAAGCAGAUGUAAAUGUUGUGGAGGAUUUGGAUUUGGAUUUGGAUUCGAGGCAACCAGAUGCUGGUGAUGUGAAUAUUGAGGAGGACAUGGACCUGGAUACUAGUGGUCAAAGUCUUGAUAUUGUUAAUGUCACUGAACAACAAAAUGAGGAGGAGGAGGACGAGCAUCGGAAGAUAAAUAAAAAAAACGAAUAA